AUGUCCAUCAUGGAAGCAGCAAUGAGGAAAGAAUCUUCUUCAUCUCCUGGCUCUGGUAAUGUCAUUCCAGAGGAACAAUUGUUGUUCCAUGAACUUGCUCUCGUCUCUUCACUAUUUCAUAAUCAUGCCAACAUCGUGAGCAAUGAGACCAUUCCCAAAUCCUAUGAAGAGUCUGACCCCUUGCCAUUAGGAGAACUGGUUUCAUAUCAGGUUGAAAUGCAUGGCCGGGUCAAGCUUAUCAUCAUCGAGGAAGAGGAUUUGCAGAUGCCUGAUCCAGAAGUGUACACUCGGCUUUUUACUGAACUCUAUGCUGCCUCUCAAUCCAAUAUACAUGGUCUUUACCAAAAAGAAAGUCUCGACUUGAGAGUAUAUGGUCUCCUGGCUGAUGGGGAAAGGAAUGCAUUCUUCUCUUAUGACCCUGUCAUGAAAAGGUUCCAGAUGGAUGAAAUGAUACAUAUCAUGCCAGGCUGCAAAAGAGCAUUGUGUAUCACGUUGCUCCCACAGGAGGAUCUUACUGACUUCACACUGAAUGAUUUGGGUUUAGUGGAAGAAGCCAUCCAAUACGCAAACCGAGCUACAGCACAACUCGAGUCACCCAAGAACAUAGAUGCCCUGGACCAGGGACUAGAUGAUUUGUGCAAAAGUGUAUGGGUACUUCCCCUGAGGGGAAGAACCAAAAAUUGCUGGCUUGGUCUUCACGACGACCUUGAUCAGAUGGCAGCAGAAGCUGCAUUGAGUUUUUGCUGGGAGCAAUGCCUGGAGGAGAAGCGUUGGAAGGAUGGGAGGAAUAAAACGUACGAUGUGCUUGGACAAAAAUGGUCAAAGGGUGACAGCUCGACUGGGACUUGUGUGCUGAUGUGCUCGGUAAUGGCGAGUGACAAAAGGCUAGUGAAUGGAUAUGAACACCACAACACCAAAACCCUCUACUACUCUACACUAAUCACCAGUAUUAUUGAGUUCGGGUGUUUCGAGUAUGAUAGAAGCACUCUGCAGACUUCAACAAAUCAGGGAAAGGUUGUUUAA